AUGCGUACUACUGCUGUUGCCUCUGCUGUUGCAUCUUUGGCUCUUUUCUCCAGAGCUGUUUUGGCUACACCUCCGGCUUGUUUGUUGGCCUGUGUUGCUGAGGUCAACAAGGACUCUAGUUGUGAUUCUUUGAACCAGGUGGUUUGUAACGGCGAGAAAAAUGGUGGUGCAGUGGAAAGCUGUUUGAACUCCAAGUGUCCUGGCAAUGAUGCCAGCACCGCCGUGGAUGCUUUCAAGCAAGCUGUGUCUGCGCAAGGAGCUAGCGUCGGAGGUUCCAGCUCUUCCUCCAGCACCGCUUCGAGCUCCAGCACUUCUGCCAGCAGCAGCUCUUCGAGUUCGAGCGCUGUGAGUUCCACGAGCUCCGGCAGCUCAAGUGUUAGCUCGGCUGCUUCUAGCUCUUCUGCUACUUCUGCGAUUUCUUCGUCAGCUUCUUCCAGCAGUGCUGCUCCAAGCUCUAGUGCUGCUCCAAGCUCUAGUGCUGCUCCAAGCUCCACUGCUGCUCCAAGCUCUAGUGCUGCUCCAAGCUCCACUGCUGCUCCAAGCUCUACUGCCGCUCCAAGCUCCACUGUCUCCUCUAUCUACAGCAGUUCCAAGACAUCAUCUGCCACUAUCUUUGAAGGUGCUGCUGACAUGUUGCAAGUCGGUGGCACUGCGUUUGUCGCUGCAGCUGCCGCUUUGUUGCUAUAA